AUGUUGAGAUCUGUUAUUGCCCAGAAGACUUCUUUGCGCUCUUUAGCCACUUUUGCAUCCCCAGAAUCUGUUCUUCCAAAGAAAUACGGUGGAAAGUACACUGUUACCUUAAUUCCAGGUGAUGGUAUUGGUAAGGAAAUUACUGAUUCAGUAAAGACCAUUUUCGAAAACCAACGUGUACCAAUUGAAUGGGACGUUGUUGAAGUCUCCGGUUUAGAUGACCACUCCAACGGUGUUACCGCAGCCGUUGACUCCUUAAAGAGAAACAAGGUUGGUUUAAAGGGAAUCAUCUAUACCCCAACUGGGGCUACCGGUAAGUCUUUAAAUGUUGCCUUAAGAAAGGAAUUGGACAUUUACGCUUCCCUUGUCUUAAUUAAGAAUAUUCCAGGUGUUAAGUCUAGAUUAUCAGGAAUUGACUUUGCUCUUGUCAGAGAAAACACCGAAGGUGAAUACUCUGGUUUAGAACACCAAUCUUACCCAGGUGUUGUUGAAUCAUUGAAGAUCAUGACCAGAUUUAAGUCUGAAAGAAUUGCUAAGUUUGCAUUUGAUUUCGCUUUAAAGAACAACAGACAAGUUGUUACCGCUAUCCACAAGGCUAACAUUAUGAAGUUAGGUGAUGGUUUAUUCAGACAAACUGUUAAGGAUAUCGCCCAAGACUACCCAGGUAUCAAGGUUAACGAUUUGAUUGUCGAUAACGCUUCUAUGCAAGCCGUUGCCCAUCCUGAACAGUUCGAUGUUCUUGUUACUCCAAACUUGUACGGUUCCAUCUUAUCUAACAUUGGUGCUGCCUUAAUCGGUGGUCCAGGUUUAGUUCCAGGUGCUAACUUCGGUAGAGAAUACGCUGUUUUCGAACCAGGUUGUAGACACGUUGGUUUAGAUAUCAAGGGUCAAAACACUGCUAACCCAACUGCUAUGAUUUUAUCUGCUACCAUGAUGUUGAGACACUUAGGAUUAAACGAAGAAGCUGACAAGAUUUCAAAGGCUACUUACGAUGUAAUUGCUGACGGUUCUGUUAGAACCAGGGAUAUUGGUGGAUCAUCUUCAACCACUGAAUUCACUGAUGCCAUCUUAGCUAAGUUAAACUAG